GAAGGAGGCUCACAUGCGAAUGCAUGUUAAUAGUCUUGACUCACUUGACUCAACUCAGUCCUUUAGGCAGCGGGGCAGCAACUCAGAUACGUAGUAGCGUUUUUUUGCAAGAGUCCCUCAAAGCAUAUCUCGCGGAGAACACCGCGAGUAAAUCAACUGUUCAACUUUGCAUUAGAGUGAUGACAACGCCCGGGGAUAGGUAUUGGAAAUCAGGUGACCGUGUGUUGAAGAAUAGGAGCUUGUACGAAUGUAUGAUACAUUUGCGUAUUUUUGCAAGGCCAUCGUAUGGGAAGGAACUCGGAGGUAAUGACAAGAAAGGGACAGGACAGGAACGGCAAUGGUUAAAUUGAUCAUUGAAGAGAAAUGUCUGCAUAUGUUUCUGGAGGAACGAUUAUGCAAAUUGUAACUACGAAACACGUAAAUAGAGACCCUACUUGUUCAAGAAUGCCUCCACAGAAAUCUCCUUCAAACCCUGCACCGCAACUCUCAAGAAACCCUUUUCUUCUUCCAUUCUCUUCAAGAACUCCUUAUUUGUUUUCAAUUCAUCAACAUCCCAGUGCGCCCAUACGAAGCGACCAUGUAACCAGGACGCCUCCGGGGACGCCGCCCAGACAGCAUAGUCUGCUGGUAAUGCCAUUUUAUCCCAGUUGACUAAAUCUUCAUCUGCAACCUUGGCAACCCCUUCCGAAUAAAGCAUUCCUGGAUGGUAGAUUAUGAUCUGGAUAUCCUCGACGGGGUGUUCAUCA